AUGUCCAACAAAUACUCAAGAAAAAGGCAAUUAACAAAAGAAAAUGACAUAAAUGAGGAAGCUGGUUUUACAAAAAAAGUCAAGUCUAAGGGCAGCUUAAAGUUACUUUCUUCUUAUGACUCGGAUUCGGAUCCUGAUGUUGAGGUAGAUUCAAGCGAUGACAAUACAACUAAUCAGCAAGUAAACAUAGCUAAUCAAAACAAAGGACAAUCUGAUAAUGAUGAUGAAGAGAGUGACAUGUUUGCAUCUGAUAAUAAUUCUAAUGAAGAUAAGACAAAUAAAGAAAUGGCAGACUCGAAAACGGAUGUCACAUACCCAAGCAACUCAUUAUUGAUGGAUAUAGAAAAAUUCAACCAAAGCAAUGAAUUAAAUGAUCUUCGACAAGAAGACUCUGAUAACCAAACUGAAAACAUAAUGACUAACGAUGAUGGAAUUGAAAUUGAAGCUUUUAAUCUUGAUAACGAUAUCGAAAAUGGAAAUUUUGAUAAAGAUGGAUAUUUCAUAAGGAAAAAUGAUUCCGAAAAUGAUUCUUCACAUGAACAAGACAAAUGGAUUGAUAGCACCUCAGAUGUACACGAAGUUCAACUAUCAAAAGAGAAACAAUCUGCAUAUACUAAGAAACAAACUCGAGAGUUAAGAAAACGGACGAGGCAUUACAUGGCUGAAGAUGCCUUAGUUCAUCUGAAAUAUUUUAUUAAAAAUAAAGGGACUAUAUUAACUACAUUAGGUGAUUUAAAUAAAAUCAGAAAGACAACUAAGGAUGAAAUCGAUAAAAAUUAUAUUUCCAAUGGCAUCAGUUUUGUUACUGAUCUAAUUACUAUUCUUGAACAAAAAAACUUUGAAAACAUAUACCAGCUCACAAGGGAGGAUAUAUCAAGAUUAAUAAAAGAAGAAUCAUUAUCCGAGUUACCUCCAGAUGACCCACAGAAUAAAUUGUGGUGCUUCAAAUGGAUGAAAAAUCUAGAUGUUGUACAUGAAAGCUAUUCAACAACAGAGAUGAAGAAUUGGAAUAGAAGCUAUUUUAAGGGGAAAGUAUUGGUAAAAUUCAAAAAUGAUGAUGACAAAUUUGAAAAUUGGAUACACAUUUCAUGUUUAGAUUUUUCGUAA